AUGGCUGGGGAAGUGAUAAGAUGUCAGCACUGUAAUUGUCAUCCUGCAGGAGCCAUUAGUGGGACUUGUCAUCUUCUUACUGGACAGUGUGUUUGUAAACAAUUUGUAACUGGCUUGAAAUGUGACAACUGUGUUCCCAAUGCUAGUAAUUUGGAUGUCCACAACCUAUUUGGCUGCAGUAAAACUCCAUUCCAGCAACCUCCUCCUACAGGAGAAGUUCUCAAUUCCUCUGUUAUCAGUCUUUCAUGGAGUUCCCCUGACUCUCCAAAUUCUAACAGGAUUAUUUACCAGCUGUAUAGGGAUGAGGCUGAAAUUUACACAACUGAAGACUACCACCCUUUUAGUGUUCAGACCUUCACCGAUACCAUGUUAUCACCAUAUACCUUCUAUUCCUACUAUGUCCAAGCCAGCAAUGUUCAUGGCUUUACUAGAAGCGUCUCGGUGACAUACAGAACAAAAUCUGGGAUUCCUAUGGGAAGCUUGCAUUUAAAUCCUGUCUUUCCUGUUAGUCACCAUUCUGUUUUACUUCAUUGGACAAGCCUCUCCAAUAACUCUGGGCCCAUAGAAAAAUAUAUUUUGACAUGCACUAGCUUGGUUGAUCCCCAGCCUUGUGGUCACUAUGAAGGCUUAAAAACUUCAGCAAUUAUUUGGAAUCUCAUUCCAUUUACAAAGUAUGUUUUUUCUGUGCAAGCCUGUACUAGUGGUGGCUGCUUAAAGAGCCAGCCGGUAACAGUAAUUACUGCACAAGCUCCUCCGGAAGGGCUACACCCACCGCUGAUAGAAACCCUCAGCUCUACAGAACUGGCUGUGGAAUGGUCACCACCUGAGCAACCAAAUGGCAUAAUUAUAAGAUAUGAACUUUACAUGAGAAAAAAAUUAAAACCAGCUGGGAACUUUCUUCCUCCCGAAAUUCGUAUUUUCCAAAGCAGUGGAUGGCUCAGUCCUCAACCAGUAAUGGAGUCUCCCAAUGAAAAUGCCCUGGCUCCACCGCAGACCAGUGCCACCGUCACUGAUCUGGAGCCAUUCACAGAGUAUGAAUUUUAUGUGCUAGCAGUAAACAUGGCGGGUAGCAUAUCUUCAGCCUGGAUGUCAGGCCGAACAGGAGAGGCUGCCCCAGUCUUCAUGCCACCUCCAUCAGUAUUCCCACUUUCACCAUAUUCUCUCAAUGUGUCAUGGCAAAAACCUGAAGAUAAUAUAGCAAGAGGAGAGGUGAUGGGAUACAGCAUCAGUCUGAUGACAGAGCAAAUGUUCUUGCCACCAUUUUCCCAGGUUUUGCAUAUAGCUGAGGCUCAUGAGCUAUCCUAUGUGGUGAUGGGAUUAAAACCUUACAGGACAUACAACUUUACUGUUACUCUCUGCAAUCAAAUUGGCUGUGUAACCAGUGAGCCGGGCAUGGGGCAAACCCUGGCAGCUGCUCCAAGAAAACUUGAUGCCCCUCUUGUUGAAGGAAUGAACAGUACAACAGUAAAGAUAAAUUGGAAUGAACCUGAAGAACUUAAUGGGCCUCCUCCCAUCUACCAGGUGGAAAGGAUGGAUUCAUCUUUAGCUACACUGACUACAGAAGUAAUGAAAGGGAUCCGUUUCCCAGGAAAUGGAUAUUACAGAUUCCCUAGUUCCACUCUUCCUGCCAAUACUUACUUUACAGGUAUUAAAGUGAAAUUUAGAACCCAGGAACCCGAUGGCUUGAUUUUUUUCUCUGCAUCACCUGGGAAUCAAGAGGAAUAUGUUGCACUUCAACUGAGGAGUGGGCGUCCUUACUUUCUUUUUGAUCCACAGGGAUCUGCCGUAGCAGUCACUCCAACUAACGAUGGUGGAAAAGAGUACAACGACAACAGCUGGCACCAAAUAAUUGCUACAAGAAUUCAAGCACUGGGAAACAUCACAGUGGAUGGGCAGUACACAGGUUCUUCCUUAGCCACUAGUGGCAGUACCAUUAUUGGUGAGACCACAGGAGUUUUUGUUGGAGGACUUCCACAGAGUUAUACUAUUGUAAGGAAGGAUAUGAUAGUCCAGAAAGGAUUUGUGGGGUGUCUCAGUGACAUAUCUUUGAAAAAAAUGCACACUCCCUAUGAAAACUGGGAGUAUUUGAACUGGCAGGAUGCUGAAGAGCAAACCAAUGUCUAUCAUAUUUGGGAAGGAUGCCCCAUUGUCCUCUACAAAGGAGCACAUUUUCUUGGCAAAGGCUUCCUGGAACUGGAUUCAGGGGUUUUCAGUGGUGGACUAGAAUUUGAGAUAUCAUUCAAAUUUAGAACAGAUCAACUGAAUGGAUUGCUUUUGUUUGUUUACAGUAACGAUGGCCCAGAUUAUCUUGCAAUUGAACUGGAAAGUGGAAUGUUAAACAUCUUUUUAAAAACUGGCACUGUCUUUACGCAAGUGGAUCUCUGGUUAGGAUUGUCUUACUGUGAUGGAAAGUGGAACAAAGUCACUGUGAACAAGGAGGGCUCCGUGGUUUCAGCAAGUAUGAAUGAACUCAGAGAGCAGACACUCGAACCCCAUGCUCAACAGCUGAAAGUGAACUCACCCAUCUACAUAGGAGGAGUCCCACCUGAGAUUCAGAAUUUUUUUAAAGAGCUGGGGUUAGAACAAGGUUUCGGUGGUUGCAUGAAGGAUGUUAAAUUUACACGAGGUGCUGUCGUUAACUUGGCAUCUGUGUCCAGCAGUGCUGUCAGAGUCAAUCUGGAUGGAUGCCUAUCAACUGACAGUGCUGUUAACUGCAGGGGAAAUGACUCCAUCCUAGUAUAUCGAGGAAAAGAGCAGAGUGUUUAUGAGGGUGGUCUACAACCAUUUACAGAAUACCUUUAUAGGGUGGUUGCCUCAAAUGAAGGAGGAACAGUGUCUAGUGUAUGGACCCGUGUUCGUACAAGAGAAUCAGUUCCACAAAAUGUGCCAACUCCCUCAAGAGUUCACAGUAUAAAUGGUUACAGCAUUGAGGUCACCUGGGACAAACCUGCUGGGGUCAUAGGUGUAAUUGAGAAGUACAUUUUGAAAGCAUAUGAAGAGGAUGGUCCCAAUGUACCCAUCACUAGUGCUGAGCUUGCUGACACUAGUAUGCUCACAGGCAUAUUGACAGGCUUGCAUCCCUUCACAAACUAUGCUGUAACCCUAACUGCUUGCACUUUGGCUGGCUGUACUGAGAGCUUGCACGCAUUGAACAUCUCCACUCCACAAGAAGCCCCUGAAGAUGUGCAACCACCCACAGCAAUAUCCUUUCCCACAUUCUUGCUGAUGAGUUGGAGUCCACCAAAAAAACCAAAUGGUGUUAUUAUGCAAUAUACUUUAUAUAUGAACGGAGUACCAAUUUACUUUGGAAAUGGAACCAAGUGUGUUGUAAAAGAUUUAGCAGUUUUUAAGCCACACCAAUUUCUGCUCACUGCAUGCACGGUUGCUGGCUGUACAAACAGUUCCCAGGUCACCUUGUUUACAGCACAGCUGCCACCAUCUCAUGUAGAUGCCCCAGUCCUGACGGUUUUGGAUUCUAGAACGAUAUAUGUACAAUGGAAAGACCCAGUAGAACUAAAUGGAAUCCUAGAACGCUAUAUAAUUUAUAUUGCCAACAAUGAGCAGAAUUUUACAAAGUGGAAUGUAAUCUAUAACAACACAGAACUUUUUCUGGAUUUUACUAUUCAGCAGCUUUUCCCGGGUACUGAAUACCUCAUAAAACUAGCUGCUUGCACUGGAGGUGGAUGUUCAGUAAGUGAAGCUAGCACAGCUAUAACAGAUGAGAGUACACCAGAAGGUGUUCCUGCUCCAAAAGCCCAGUCAUAUUCAUCUGACUCCUUUAACAUCUCAUGGACUAAGCCUGAGUAUCCGAAUGGUAUUAUUACUAGCUACGUAUUGUAUAUGGAUGGUGUUCUGAUGCAAAAUUCAUCACAGCUAAGUUGUUAUGCUUAUGGACUUGCUCCUUGGAGUCUGCAUUCCUUCAGAAUCCAGGCAUGUACUGCAAAAGGUUGUGCUUUGGGUCCAUUGGUAGAAGCUCGGACCAUGGAAGCUUCCCCCGAGGGAGCAGUUGAUAUAUUUGCUAAUGUUGAGGGAUCCAAAGAAGUUCAGUUAAAAUGGCUUGCCCCAAAUAAACCUAAUGGAAAAUUGACCUACACAGUCCUUGUCACUGGUCUCUUCUAUGCUGAUCAAGCUAAUGCUGAUUAUUCUAUUGUAAAUGGUACUCGGAUGUUAUGCAGCAGCAACGAAUCCAAUGUAUGGGUACCCAUUAAAGGACUGAUUCCAUUUUCUAACUACGCAGUACAAGUGAAUGCUUCCAACAGCCAAGGCAGCUUGAUAAGUGAUGCUAUAACAAUAGUCAUGCCUCCAGGAGCUCCAGAUGGCGUGAUGCCUCCAAGGCUUUCAUCUGCUACUCCAACCAGUCUUCAGGUUGUCUGGUCUACACCAGUUCGCAACAACGCCCCAGGCACGCCCAGCUACCGACUCCAGAUGCGGCGGAGGCAUUCUGCUGGUGACAUUUUAGAUUUGCUUUCCAGCCCUACUGCUUCCCUACAACACAGGGUUGGAGAUCUUCAGCCAUACACUGAGUAUGAGAUGAGAGUGGUUGCCUCCAAUGGUUACGGCAAUGCUUAUAGCAACUGGACUUCAAUGACUACAGCAGAGGACAAACCUGGACCUUUAGAUCCACCACUUCUGCUGAAUGUUACCGCGAGGGCAGCAAGCGUCACCUGGCAGCAUCCUUUAGAGCAAAAUGGCAUUAUCACUCAUUAUAAUAUUUACCAAAAUGGCAAACUGCAUGCUACAGUGCCAGGAACUCUAUCUAAUUGCACAGUACGAGACUUGCACCCUUACACAGUCUAUGUGUUUCAGGUAGAAGCAUGCACAUCUAAAGGAUGCUCUCUUUCACCCGGGACCCCAGCAAUACAGACUCUGCCAGAUGCACCUGAGGAUAUUCCUGCUCCAGUGCUCUAUUCUGAUACUCCAACUUCUGUGGUCAUAUCCUGGCAACCACCUGCUCGCCCGAAUGGUUUGGUGGAAAACCUUACGAUAGAAAGGAGGGUGAAAGGAACAGAACAAGUAUCAACCGUGGUGACGCUCCCCCUCAGUCGGUCCAUGAGCUACAUUGACCAGAGUCCUGCUCUGAGCCCAUGGCAGAAAUAUGAAUACAGAAUGCUAAUGGGAACUCUUCAUGGUGGCACAAACAGCAGUGUGUGGUCAGAAGUUACCACUAGACCAUCAAGACCUGCUGGUGUUCAGCCCCCUGAUGCAGAAGCACUGGGACCACACUCAGUUAAGGUCUCAUGGAAACCUCCUCUGAUACAGAAUGGUGAAAUCCUUAACUAUGAGAUUCGCAUGCCUGAUCCACGAAUUGUCAUUACUGGGAAUACUUCAUCACCAUUAAGUCAUUUGGUGACUAAUCUUAUACCCUAUACAAACUACUCUGUCACUGUAAUAGCUUGUUCUGGAGGCGAUGGCUUUCUAGGAGGCUGCACAGAGAGUUUGCCCACCAGCGUGACUACACCUUCAGCAGUUCCUCAGCAUGUUAGUCCAUUGUCUGUGACUCCAAUCAGCGAGUCCUUUGUUGCCAUUUCUUGGCAACCACCACUGAGGCCAAAUGGUCCUCAUCUGAGAUAUGAGCUCCUGAGACGUAAAAUCCAGCAACCACUUGCAUCAAAUCCCCCUGAAGAUUUAAAUCUGUGGCACAAUAUUUACUCAGGAACUCAGUGGUUUUAUGAAGAUAAGGGUCUUAGCAGCUACACAACAUACGAGUACAAGCUCAUAGUGCAUAAUGAGGUGGGAUAUACAUCAAGUGAAGAAGUGGUAGCUACUACAUUAGCGGGAUUACCAGAGAAAGGAAGUGUCCUUCUUGCACGUGCUGUUAAUCAUACUGCUGUAGAAGUGGAAUGGUCAAAACCAACACUACAAGAUUUGCAAGGAGAUGUUGAAUAUUACACCCUCUUCUGGAAUUCUACUGAUGUCAGAAGAUCUCUGAGGAUCCAGGCUAAUGUAAACUCUAUGGUCAUAGGUGAUUUGCAGCCCAACACAGAGUAUCAGAUAUUUUUUCAAGUUUUUAAUGGUGCCCACAGCAUCGACAGUGAAGUUGUGCAUGUGACUACCUCGGAUGGAGAGCCUGAGGGCAUGUUCCCUCCAGAGGUUGUCAUCAUCAACAGUACAGCUGUACAUGUCAUCUGGACAUCGCCUUCAAACCCAAAUGGUGUUGUCACAGAGUACUCUAUCUAUGUAAAUAAUAAGCAGUACAAGACUGGAAUGAACGAGCCCGGGUCCUUUCUUUUAGCAGACUUGUCUCCAUUCACUGUAUAUGAUAUACAGAUUGAAGUCUGCACGGUGUAUGCCUGUGUGAGAAGCAAUGGGACCCAGAUUACAACUGUGGAAGACGAACCAAAGCAGCUGUCAGCACCCAUUAUUCACAUAAUUGGCUCAAGAUCCCUUCAAAUCAACUGGGCAUCACCAGGACAACCAAAUGGCAUUAUCCUGGGAUAUGAACUCCUGCGUAAAACAUGGCAGAAGUGUACCCCACCAAAGAAUCUGAGGAGCAACAAGAGUAAUAGAAUGUGCAUCUCAUUAGAAUGUAAAAAGCGUGAGAACGUCUGUGGAGGAGUGUGUUAUCACCCAGAGUUGAAGGUAUGUUGUAAUGGGAUUCUGCACGACAAUAAACCUGACUUCCAAUGCUGCGAGGACAAGUACAUUCCAUUUAUUCUUAAUUCACCAGGGGUUUGCUGUGGUGGUCAGAUACAUGCUGUGCAGCCGGAACAUCAAUGCUGUGGUGGUUAUUACACUAGGGUAUUAACAGGAGAAGUAUGUUGCCCUAAUGAAGAGCAAAACAGAGUUUCAGUUGGAAUUGGUGACUCUUGUUGCCAGGGAAUGCCUUACUCUACAUCGGGCAAUCAAAUCUGCUGUGGUGGAUCUCUCCAUGACAGUUUCAAUCAGCAGUGCUGUGGUGGAGAAGUCAUAAGCACAGACUGGGUCUGUUGUGGUGAUGAAGAAGAAGGGACUGCACACAGACCUCUCACAGGGAUGUUCUGUUGUGGGCAGGAAUACGUGAAUAAGUCAGAUACCAUAUGCUGCUCAGGUUCCAGUGGCGAGUCCCUCGCGCAUGUUAGAAAGAAUGACCAAGUGCCAGUAAAAUGCUGUGAUACUGAACUUAUUCCAAAGAGUGAAGAAUGCUGUAAUGGAGUUGGAUAUAAUCCUUUGAAAUAUGUUUGCUCUGACAAGAUUUCAGCUGGAAUGAUGAUGAAGGUAAAAGAAGAGUGCAAGGCUAAUAUCCUUUGUCCUUUAUCUAUGGAGGCAACAGCACACUGUGGAAAGUGUGACUUUGAUCCUAGGGAGAAUAUCUGUGCGUGGAUAAAAGCUUCACAGAGUGCUACAGAAAAGGAGAUAAAAGACGGUGUGUGUCCAGCUGAAGAGGAGACUGUCUACACAGGAAGUCCAACCCAGUAUUCAUUUACAGACGUGAACCUCAAACCUUUUAUCACGUAUGAGUACAGGGUGGCUGCUUGGAAUAGCUAUGGAAGAGGCUUCAGUGAAAUUAGCAGAGCUGUCACUAAGCAAGAUGUGCCACAGGGUGUAAGCCCACCAAAAUGGGCCAAAGUGGAUAAUCGGGAAGACAUGAUACUUCUAAACUGGGAGGAACCACUUCAACCAAAUGGUCUUAUUAUUCACUAUAUCAUUCUCCGAAAUGGAAUCGAGCAUUUCAGAGGAACAGAAACAGGCUUCACCGACACAAGUGGUGUCCAGCCGUACCAGGAAUAUUCAUACCAGCUGCGAGCCUGCACUGUUGCUGGUUGCACAGACAGCAGCAAGGUAGUUGCAGUCACUGUCCAAGGAGUCCCAGAGAGCGUUCAGCCACCAGACGUCAGUGCCUUGAACUCAACAGCGUUACAUUUAAGCUGGAUGGCACCCAAGAAACCAAAUGGUAUCAUCAGAGGACUUGUCUACACUGAUGCUGCAUACAGAAUGCAACACACAGUAUCAGGUCUGCAGCCAUACACUAAUUACAGCUUCAUGCUUACUGCAUGCACAUCUGCUGGGUGUGCUUCUAGCCAACCACUUUCAGGUCAAACUUUACAAGCUGCUCCACACGGGGUGUGGCCACAACCUCAUCAUAUCAUAGUUAGCUCAACAGACGUGGAAAUAUACUGGAGUGAACCAAAGAAACCCAAUGGACUCAUUACUCAGUAUCGAUUAUUUCGUGAUGGAGAAGAGAUUUUCCUGGGUAGCAGUACAGACCUGAAUUUCACAGAUAUUAACCUGCAGCCUAACAGUAGAUAUGUUUACCAGCUGGAAGCCAGCACGUGGGGCGGCAGCAACACUAGUGAUAAAUAUGUUAUACAAACACCAGUAGGAACACCAGAGAAAAUUCGUGUCCCAUAUAAUGUCACAGUAAUUGAUGCAUAUUCUAUAUUUCUAGCUUGGGACGUACCAGGGAUGUUCAUUGUUGAUAUGCCUUUGGAAUACAACAUCUUACUAAAUGCGAGCAGUCCCACUCUACUGGUGAAGCCAGUAGGUCAUGCACAUUUUGCUUUUGUCGAUGGCCUAGAUCCCUACACCUUGUAUGAGAUAAGAAUACAAGCGUGCCAGAAUGGUGGGUGUGGAGUGGGUGGUCAAACAUAUUCAAGGACUGCUGAAGCACCUCCUAGAGAAUUGAGCCCACCUAUGGUUAAAGCAAUGGGAUCUGCGCUCAUAGAAGUGAAAUGGGCACCACCUGAAAAACCAAAUGGCAUCAUUAAUAACUACUUUAUUCACAGACGUCCUGUGGGCAGUCAAGAAGAACUCCUUUUGUUCAUCUGGGCUGAAGGAGCCUUGGAAUUUAUUGAUGCAUCUGAUGCUCUACAACCUUUUACUCUCUACGAAUAUCGUGUCAGAGCUCAAAAUGCUGUGGGGUCAGUGGACAGCCUGUGGGCUUCAACCCAAACGCUGGAGGCUUCCCCAUGGGGCAUGGGAGCCCCUUCAGCCCAAGCUACAAGUGCAUACUCGGUGCGGUUGAACUGGACCCAGCCUGCCUCUCCCAACGGUGUUAUAUCUCUGUAUCGAGUAGUCUACCAAGAAAAACGCAGCGAUCCAACAUUUAGCAUCCCGGCUGUCACAGCACUAACCGUAAUGGGAACAAAGCAUCAGGCUCAUUUAUUUGGAUUGAAACCUUUCACAACAUAUCAUAUUCAUGUCGUAGCUGUAAACAAUGCCGGGCAGGUUUCAAGCCCCUGGACAUCUGUGCGCACGUUGGAAGCUUCACCCAGUGGCCUCAGCAACUUCACUGUGGAAAAGAAAGAAAAUGGCAGGGCUCUGUUGCUAAAAUGGUCAGAGCCCUCCCAACCCAAUGGCGUGAUCAAGACCUAUAAUAUUUUCAGUGACGACAACCUGGAGUACAGUGGUUUAUCUCGCCAGUUCCUCUUCAGGCGCCUGGAGCCAUACACUCUCUAUACCCUCGUACUGGAAGCUUGCAAUGCAGCAGGCUGCACUCGUUCCCCACCCCAGCCGGUCCGGACAGAUGAAGCACCCCCUGUGUCUCAGCUGGCACCUGUAAUCCAGGCAGUGAAUGCUACUAACAUUGAACUGAGCUGGCUGCAGCCAAUUAAUCCAAAUGGAAAAAUAAUUCACUAUGAAGUUAUUCACAGAAGCCCAAAAGAAAAUGCUGCAGGGUACAGAGCAACAACAGAAGACGAGAAAGUUGUUUUCACAGAAUAUAGCACUGAAAGUAAUACAUUCGUGUAUAAUGACAAAGGUUUACAGCCAUGGACAAGGUAUGAAUAUAAAAUACGCACCUGGAAUGCAGCAGGCUACACUGACAGCUCCUGGACUGUGGCAAAGACUAGUCAAACUGCCCCAAUGGGUCUCGCUGCCCCCAGGUUAUCCCUGGUGUCAGUUAACCCCCGUAAAGUGCUCAUCUCAUGGGCUCCGCCGGCACAGCCCAAUGGCAUUCUUCAGUCAUACAGGCUGCUAAAAAACGAUGUUCUCUAUCCUUUCAGCUUUGACGCUGCUACUUUCAACUACACAGAUGAAGACUUACUGCCCUAUUCAAUGUACAGUUAUGCGAUAGUGGCCUGCACCAUGGGAGGCUGCUCCACCAGUGAUCCAGCUGCGAUACAGACGCUGGAAGCAGCUCCUGCCUUAGUGGAUCCGCCGUCUCUGCAGGCUGUCAGUGCAACCCAAAUUAAUGCAUCUUGGGCCCCUCCUCAAAUACAAAAUGGAGAUAUCACGAAGUAUAUAUUGAAAUCAAAUAAUGAAGAGUAUUAUCCUGGUAAAAGGUUGCAAAUGUUGGUUUCUAAUCUACAGCCUUACACACAGUAUGAUUUCGCAUUGGUUGCCUGUACUGUGGGGGGCUGCACAUCUAGCAUAUCCCAGUCAGUCAUGACCAUGGAGGCUCCACCAUUACAUAUGGAAGCUCCCAGGCUGCUUGUCAUGGGCUCAGAGUCAAUUGAAAUCACAUGGAAACUUCCAGCUAACCCCAAUGGUAAAAUCACAAGCUAUGAGCUCAGGAGGGAUGGUGUUCUUGUUUACUCAGGUCAGGAAAAUCGGUAUCUUGAUUUCACCCUAAUGCCAGGCAUGGAGUACAGCUACACCGUCACUGCAAAUAACAGUCAAGGGAGUGUGACAAGCCCACCAGCUCGGAUAAAAACCAACCCCUCUGCUCCAUCUGGGAUGUUGCCUCCUAGGUUGCAGGCAUGGUCCUCAAAGGAGAUUUUGGUGGCCUGGGAUCCUCCUAUCAAAGUAAAUGGUGAAAUUAGAAAUUACACAAUCUCGAUCCAUAAGCCUGCUGAAACGGGAAAGAAAACCGUUGACUUUGAUGCAUCUCAUGUUUCCUUUGUGAGACGGUCAUACAUAGUGGCAGAACUACAACCCUACAGUAGGUAUGAAGUACAGCUGCAGGCUUGCACAGAGCUGGGUUGUGCCUCCAGUGAGUGGGCAUCGGUACAGACCUUGGAGUCGCCGCCGGCAGUGCAGCCUGCCCCUCUCAUAGAAAUACAGACCAGAGCGGGGGGCUUCCGGUCGACUUCUUCCAUCCUGUGGACUGGCCCACAGCAGCCAAAUGGGAAGAUUUUAUACUAUGAACUUUACAGAAGGCGAACAACUCAAGCCCACAUAAAUUUAGACCUCACACUUGUUUACAAUGGUUCUUCAACCUCCUUCAAAGAUGACAAGUUGCUGCCUUACACAGAAUAUGAAUAUCAGGUGUGGUCGGUAAACUCAGCAGGACGGACGCCGAGCAGCUGGUCCCGCUGCCGGACGGGCCCUGCCCCUCCUGAGGGCCUGGGAGCUCCCCUCUUCAACACAGUGGCAUCCACAGUGGCCGUGGUGAACAUCAGCCCCCCUCUCCAGCCAAACGGUGUGGUCAGUAUCUACAGACUGUUUUCUAACGAUACCAGGGGGACUGAUGUGGUGCUGUCAGAAGGGACUGCCACCCAGCAGACAAUACAUGGGCUGAAACCUUUUACCACAUACUCCAUUGGCGUGGAGGCCUGCACCUGUUUCAACUGUUGCACCAAAGGACCCACGGCCCAAAUCACCACGCAGCCGGCUCCACCCUCAGAGCAGCCUCCCCCACAGAUCCGCAGUUCCUCUUUCCAGUGGAGUGCCCCUCAGUCACCCAAUGGCAUUGUCACCAGCUAUGAGCUCCAUGUGUAUAUGGCUUGUUCCCUGAACCUACAGCCAGCAGUGAAGGCUUGCAGUCCUGGCCCAACUGAGGUGAAGUAUACAGGACAAGGCCAGAGUGCUAACGUGUCCAACCUCGAGCCUUACACAACUUACAACCUGCGAGUCGUGUCUUACAACUCUGUUGGCAGCAGCGCCUCAGAAUGGAUUGGGUUCACUACGGAAAAGGAGCCACCUCGGUACACGGCUCCAUUCUCCAUUGUCAGCAAUUUAUCUACCAUCCACAUCGACUGGAGUCGCACCUUUGUCCUGAACGGCCGCCUGAAGGAGUACGCGCUCACGGAGAGCGGGCAGCGCAUCUACAGCGGCUUCGACACAGAGCUGUACUUACCGAGGACAUCUGACAAAACCUUUUUGUUUCAAGUGACCUGUAUCACCGACGAAGGGAGCGCCACAACACCGGUCAUCAAGUACAGCGCUGGAGAUGGAGUUGGUCUGAUCUUGACAACACCUGGAGAGAAGGACAAAGCGGAGUCCAAACGUGCGAAAUUCUACAACGAGUUGUGGUUUGCAGUGCUGAUGGUCGUUCUAGGUUUGAUCCUCUUGGCUAUCCUUCUCUCCUUAAUUCUUCAAAGGAAAGUCCACAAGCAACCCUAUGCACGAGACAGACCUCCUUUAGUUCCGCUCCAGAAAAGAACGUCACCCAUGAGUGUGUAUUCAUCAGGUGAAACCCACCCGGGGCUGGCAGAUACAAAAAUUCCAGGAGUUGGUUCUCCCACGAGCCACUGCAAUGUCCAUAUCGCAUCUGGGGCACGGAGACCAAGCCAGGGCCAGCUAAGCCGCACGUAUUCCCAAGCCUCUCUUCAUCGUAGUGUCAGCCAGCUGCUCGACCUCUACGACAAGAAGUCUCUCGCUGAGGAGCCACCUUGGGAUGCCAUUAUUCGCAACCAUCGCGCUACUGGUCGUGGCACGUACCUAGAUGAAGAUGAUCUUGUCAAUGUCAUCAAAGGCUUCAGCACAGUCACCAAGGAGCACACCACGUUCACUGACACCCACCUCUGA